AUGGGGAAGCGUUCGGCCAGCCACUUGGUCUUCGUGUUGCUUUGCCUGGGCUCCUGCUUGGCCCAAGCACAGAUCCUCUUCCAGGGGUUUAACUGGGAGUCGUGGAAGAAGCAAGGUGGGUGGUACAACUUUCUGGAAGGACACGUGAGCGACAUCGCCGCGUCUGGUGCCACGCAUGUCUGGCUCCCGCCGCCGUCGCACUCUGUGGCGCCGCAGGGGUACAUGCCUGGUCGGCUCUACGACCUCAACUCCUCCAAGUACGGCACGGCAGCGGAGCUCAAGUCCCUCAUCGCCGCCUUCAACGCCAAGGGCGUCCAGUGCGUGGCUGACAUCGUCAUCAACCACCGGUGCGCCGACUACAAGGACAGCCGCGGCAUCUACUGCGUCUUCGAGGGCGGCACGCCCGACACCCGCCUCGACUGGGGCCCCGACAUGGUCUGCAGCGAUGACACACAGUACUCCAACGGCCACGGCCACCGUGACACCGGCGCGGGCUUCGCUGCCGCCCCGGACAUCGACCACCUCAACGCGCGCGUCCAGCAGGAGCUCUCCGACUGGCUCAACUGGCUCAAGUCCGACCUCGGCUUCGCCGGCUGGCGCCUCGACUUCGCCAAGGGAUACUCCGCGGACGUCGCCAAGGUGUACGUGGACAACACCAAGCCGACCUUCGUGGUCGCCGAGAUAUGGAGCAACCUGCGCUACGACGGCAACGGCGAGCCGUCGCGCAACCAGGACGUGGAUAGGCAGGAGCUGGUGAACUGGGCGCAGACCGUGGGCGGUCCUGCCUCGGCGUUCGACUUCACCACCAAGGGCGAGCUGCAGGCGGCGGUGCAGGGCGAGCUGUGGCGGAUGAAGGACGGCAGCGGCAAGGCUCCCGGAAUGAUCGGGUGGAUGCCGGAGAGGGCCGUCACCUUCGUCGACAACCACGACACCGGCUCCACCCAGAACUCGUGGCCCUUCCCCUCCGACAAGGUCAUGCAGGGCUACGCCUAUAUACUGACACACCCAGGAGUUCCAUGUAUUUUCUACGACCACGUGUUCGACUGGAACCUGAAGCAGGAGAUCAGCGCACUGGCUGCCGUCAGGUCUAGAAACGGGAUUCAUCCGGGCAGCAAGCUGAAUAUCCUCGCCGCCGAGGGAGACGUCUACGUGGCGGUGGUCGAUGACAAAAUUAUCACGAAGAUUGGGUCACGCAAUGAUCUCGGGAGCUUGAUCCCGUCGGACUUCCAUGUCGUCGCACAUGGGAACAACUACUGCGUCUGGGAGAAGAGUGGCCUCAGAGUGCCAGCGGGGCGGCAUCGCUAGCUAGCUAGGCGGCCUCUAAUCGCUAUUCUUUUUUCAGGGCUAUUUUAUGCCUGGAACAAGAGCUUUAAACGAGACCAAAUAAUGGGGAAUAUAUGAUUAUAGUGCGAUUCUUUUCCUUCAACAAAGUAUUGAAACAAGAUUUAGUGUGUUUUGUCUGACGGAGACUUUUGUAUCGGCAAGCAAAAUGAAUUAAACUGACCAUGAGGUAUACAUUGCA